GCUGCCUUCGGAUAUCAAUUCGCGUUCAUCAAAGCGCGACUUCCAUGGAGAACUUUUGAUUGGCAACUACAUAAUUUCAUUCAUAAUUUGUGUCAAUAUAACUGAGCAACAUGCCUCCUGCUUAUGAUGAAGAGGAAGGAGUGGGACCUUUGGAGAAAGGACGACAUCGUUACCAGAAACAAAACUAUCAAGGAGCUUUGAUAGCAUUCACAGAGGUAUUCAUUAUUUCUUGUUAGCAUGUGCCAGCCCGUCAUCUCUUCUCUAAAACAUAAUCAACACCGCAACCUUCAAAUACUGACUUUUGUAUGCAGGCUGUGAGAAUUAGUACUGGUCAUAUAUUAUUGACUGCUUUGGAUCAUCGUGCUGCUACAUUUGAGAAGUUGGAUCAAUUACAGUCAGCUCUUAAAGAUGCGAAGGAAAUGCUUGAGUUAAAGCCAGAACUUUCGAAAGUGAGUUAUCGUCAUCACUUGCGAAAUGAUUCGUUGUCAUUGACCGAAUCUCUAGGGUUAUCUUCGAUGUGGAAAAGUUCUACAACUCAAAGGAGAGCAUGAACUUGCGUUGAAAAUCUAUGAGCGUGGCCUCAGGAAGGUCAAAGUUGACACUGACGAAGACCGUGUGGUAAGCUCUGGCGUUCUUGAUGGAUUUCUAUUGCUCUGUUAACACCCGAUUCAAGACUCUGCAAGCCAUGUUCAACAAAUUGCAAAAAUCACAAGCGCCGAGUAAAACACUAGACCCCCUCGCGUAUCUACCCUUCGAAUUGGCAGAAAUGAUAGCCGAAGGACUUACCAUUCGAGAACGAAUGUAUGUCAAGAAUAAAUCCUUUAUCGAUUUUGGCUGACGGUCAUUAGGGUAUGUUUGACGGUCAGCAAGUCAUGGAAGCGUGUAUUAGAAUCCUCUCAUCAACUCUGGACCACUCUCGACACGACUGAUAUUAGAAGGGAAAUCUCUCAUAUAGCUUUGAAGGCAUACCUUAAAAGAUCAAAGUAUACCCUAUAUGAAGCUAAUAUUAGAAAUGGUACAUUCGCUGCACCAAAGUUGCAAUACCUCACUAGAACUUGUAAGCGAUUGCAACGCCUUACACUCCACGGCCAUAGAACCAUUGGAGAAUCCUUAAUAUCGGCACUUCCCAAGGCCAAGUCAUUGCGAUAUCUAAACUCGCGUGGCUGUGAAAUUUCUCUUCGGACUCUCCUGGAAGCGUUACGGCAGGUGCAAGCAAGAAUUGAGGAAGCUAAAUUUUUUAAUGUCAAUUGUCUUUCUUCGGACUCUGCAUGCAUGUGGCCAAGGCUAGAAAACCUGCGGACUUUGCAUGUGUGGAGGUUUCAUAUUAUUGGCAUACGUUUGGUAAAAAUUCUAGAGCUUUAUCUUUAAUACGCCGGUAAUAUAUUGAUUCUAAUUUCUUCUACAGAACAACCUAAUCGAAUCAGUCCCCAAUAUACAAACCUUAGCCUUGCGAGGAUUUUACUUAAAAAGUGCCGCGCCACUAAAUUUGAGCGGGCUCAAACGUCUGCAGCAUCUUGAACUCAAAGAUUGCGGUUUGACAAGACUUCCAUUACUGCCCUCGACGCUCAAGAGACUUUCUCUGGAUGAGAACCUGCGAUUAUCAAAUCAGGAAGAUGAUACCCUUCUUCUCCCUCUUCUGGAAAGCUUCAGCUGUGAGAGUACCGGACUUACCGAAGGACUAGUCGUUUCUAUAGUCAAAAACACCCCAAAAUUAAAGACUCUAUUCAUAGGAAAUCGACUCCUGGGAGAUUACGCUGUAGCUCACCAUGAUUUUCCCUCAUGCGAUAGUAUCGAAGAAUUACAUGCAGGCUCUUUACAGUGCGAUGAACAAAACCUUAUAAAUAUCGUAAAGAAAUGUCCAAAUCUCAAAGCGCUGGAUAUUGGCUAUACGAAAAUCACAGGUGUUGCCGUGAAACAAUUUGUGGAUCAGGGCAUCAAAAGGCUUGACUUGAGAGGUUGUAAUAAAGUGAGCCCAGAUGCUGUUGAAUUUGCUCGUGGGAAGGGGGUUGAUGUUACUUUUAACUUUGCGGCGGAUUUGGGAUCGACAUUCAGAGAUCGUUAUAAUUGAAUUUGAGAGGUUUUCUAUAGAAUUUCAAUUGAUAAUAUUUUUUCAUCCUUUUUGAUGUUUAUGAAUUUAACAUUUUUUAAAACGGUUUAUAAAAUAAUUAAAUUUUAAAUACUUAUUUAUCUUGUUGUUUAAAUUAGACUUUGAAUAAUUAUAAAAAUAUUAUAAUAUUU